AUGUAUAGAAUUGGUUCAUCAAUUAAAAAAUCGAAUCAAAUUCGAUUAGCAACAAUAAGAACAACAACAAAUGUUGUUAUUAGAAAUUAUUGUUCAGAGACAUCAUCAACUCAACCACCACCACCAGAACAAGGACAAGAAACACCAAAACCAAUAAUUAAAAAAAAGAAACAAUCAAGAGAGAUCUUUUCAGAAUUUGUAGAUGAUGGUGAUGUUGUUGUUGAUCAUAGAAAACAUUCACAAAAGAAAGCAGUUGUCGAUCAAAGAACUCAAGAUUUCGAUAAAAUGCUCGCAAGUCUCACAAUGAAAGAUUUAAAGUUAAUGAGAUAUAGUGAUAAUCCAGAAACAUUUGAAUUAUUUUCACGUGAACAUUUUAACAUUAAUGAUGCUUUCGAAAUGAAUCUCACCACAAAAUCAUUAUUACAAAAACAAAAAGAAAAAGAACAAAAAGAAUUACCUGGUUCAUUAUUUAAAACUCAAAAAGUCAUUUAUGAUAAUUAUUCACAAAUUAAAUCUGAUCAUAUUGCAAAUGAAUUAAAUAAAUUUAAAGAAGAAUUUGAAAAACCAUUAGUUAGUGCAUAUAAUGAAGUUAUAAAUCAAUCAAAUUUAUUAUAUAGAACAAAGAGAGCAGAAGAAAGAUUAAUUAAAAAGAGAAUUGAAAAAGAGAGAAAAGAAUAUAAAUUGAGUGGUUUGGAGAAACAUUAUCGUGAUAUUGUUCAAGUUAGAAAUGCAUUAGAUUUUAGAGGAAAAACAAUAUUGGCAGGUUCAGAUGAAGAGGAUGCAUGGCAAAGAAUUUUGGAGAGAUCAGAGAUUACAGAUCCACAUAAUCUUUCCAGAUUACAUAUGAUGGAUGAAUAUAAUGAUUUAGGUUAUCAAACAGAGAUUACCGAGGAUUACAUUAAUCAAUUAUCAAUUGUACCAUUUGAUUUCGCAAAUCCAGCAUCCUAUUCAUCAAUGGUGAAUCUCAUUGAUCAACUCGUUCAAGUCGAUACUUAUCGUGAUCCUGAAGAGAUUGCCAGUCUUUUGGUUGCAGAGAAAUUGAGAGCAAUCAAAAAAGCCAACGAUCAAGGCACUGAAGAGGGUAAAAAAUUAUCAAAACUUCUUCAAUCUCAAUUGAUACUUGAGCUCAAGGCCGAUAGAUACUUGGAGACUUAUGAGUGUACAUUACCAGAAUUACCAACACCAGAGGAGAUUAAAAAAUUCACAAUCGAUGAACUUAAGGAAUUGGAAAUCGUUAGAAUGGCCGCAACACGUUUAGAACAAUAUCAAGAGGCCAAGAAUAGAAUUCACAUUUUGGAGGAUAAUACAAAACAAGAUAAAAUCGACAACUAUAAAUUCUAUCAACAAAUGAAUGCACCAUCAGUUGCCAAUUCAAGAGAUGCUACAAAUUUAUUGACAGUUGGUGAAAUGUCAUUGAAAGCUGGUACUAGACCAUCAACCGAAGAUGAGAUCAUUGAUCUUCUUCCACAUGAUGAAGAGGUCCGUGAAGAACAUGAAGAUGAUUUAGUCGAUGAUGAAAAGGUUGUUGCAACCACCAAUGAAGAAGAACCAUCUCAAGAAGUUGAAGAAUCUGAACCAGUUCCAGAUAUUGAAGAUCCAUUUGCAAUUAACAAAGAUUUCUUUGAUAAGAAUGGUAGAUUCCUUUUAUCUGAUAAAAUUGAAGCUGAAGAACAAGAACAAGAGGAUUUGAUUAAAGAUGAUGAUGUCGCAAUUGAAAAUGUUGAAUCUCUUAUCACUGAAGAGUCUGUUCCAAUUGCAGUUGAAGAGUCUGUAACAACUGUAGUUGAAGAGUCUGUAACAAAGCCUCCAAAAUUCUUAGAAAGAUUCGCUGAAAAAGGAAAAUUACCACCAAUCAGAAAUAGCAAUAAAGACAGUGUUAGACAAAUCGCAGAAUCAUUGUUUAACAUUAAUUUCGACUAUCAAGAGGAACUCGAUGAAAUUGAUGGUAGAAUGGACGCUAUCGAUGCAUUCCAUGAAAACCAAGAAGAAUUACCACUUGAUGAAAGAGAGGGUGAAUUGGAUGAAGAUAUUGUUAGACCAUUACCAUCAACCUUACCAGAUCUUAAAGCACUCUCUGCAAAGAUUAGAAAGAAUGAAGAGGAAUCAUUGAAUAUGAUCGCCAAUAAAUACAUCAACCAAGAAGUCAAUGAAAAAACUGCAACCGAAGUAUUGGAUCAAAUCUAUGAAGCUUACAAAACCAAUAAUCUCUUUGAUAAGGAUAUCAUUGAACACGAUAAAAACACCAUUAGAGAAGCAAAUGGUGACGUUGCAAUUCCAGAAUCUAUGUACUUUGAAUAUGAUACCACCUUUAGUGAUUUGGUCGAUAGAGAUGUCAUCUUUAAAAUGCCACUCAAAGAUACUGAUCUUGUUAGAGUUUUAACUCAUCAACUCACUGAAACUGGUCUUUUGAAACAAGAGAAAGUUUUGAAACAUAAUACUGAUGAUAUGCCAGUCUCAAAGGAAUUGGUUGAAUCAAAUCCAGAUGCUUUCCCUGAUUUCGUAAAGGAAAUCAUUGAUCAAAAUCCAAAUGAUUCAACUGAUAUGCCAAUAACUCGUGAAUAUAUUGAAACUUAUGAUCCACUCAUUAAAGAGUUUAGAGAGAAAAUGUCAAUUACAAAGAAUAAAGAUGGUAGUGUCGUUGAAGAAGUAAUUGAAGAAGAACUCAUAAAAGAUGAAAAUGAAGAAGAAGAAGAUGAAGAUGAAGAAGAUGAAGGUGAUAACAAACAAAGAGUAAUUGAAAGAAGUGAUGAAGUUCAUGAUGAAAUUUAUGAUGAAAGACGUCUUUACAUUAAUCUUAGACCACAAAUUAAAGAUGAAGGUGUUAUCUCUGUACCAACAUCUACUAAAAAGAUAACCAAACCUAUUGAAAAGGAUGGAAUUGAUAAUAAUGAUGGCUGGUUAAUGGGUAAACCAUUCAAUAUGUUAAAUUACAGAUUAAAUAAUCAACCAAAUAAAUUACCAAUGGAUAAUGUACAAAGUGAAGGUGAACGUGUACCUGGUGAGGAUGAACCAGAUAUAUUAGUCGAAGAAUUAGCCGAUGAAGAAGAUGAAGAAUUUAAAGAUUUAAGUCCAAGUUUUGACCAACAACCAAAAAUAUUCGAACAAACUGAUCUCUAUUAUUACCUUCAACAAGGUAAGAAUCAAGAAUGGUUUAGACCUGAAAAAAUCAGUGAUAAAGAUAUCACCUCACUUGAACGUCGUCAAACUUGGUAUCCAAGACAACACAUCAAAACUUAUCCAUUCGAAUUCAUUAGCUCUCACAAUACCACCGAUCAAACUAUUGAAGAUAGUUGGGUCAAUAGAAAAGCCGUAUUAAAAGUUAACAUCUCUGCUUUCAAUUUAUCAAAGACCGUUCAAGAUAGAUUAGCUCAAUUAACCGCUAAUCGUUAUGACCCACAAAAGAAAGUACUCACUUUGGUCGCCAACAAUCACAAAACACUUCCAGAAAAUAAAUAUGAAGUUAAGAGAUUAUUCAAAGAAUUAUUACAUGAAGCAAGUUUAGCUGAUCCAAAUUUCGUCUCUGUUAGAACUGAUAACUAUAAAGCUCCACAACCACAAUCCUUUGUACCUUCUCAAGCCGCUAAAAAUCAAACUAGAUUCAAUCUCUAUCGUUUACAAGGUUUCCCACUUUUAAAUAAUCAACAAAGACAACAUAUGGAACUUUAUUCACAUAUAAGAUCACAUUUAGAUUCAACUUUAUAA